CAGAAGCCACUCACGGACAGGAGUUACAGUGGUCACUUCCCCACCGUUGUAUAAUAACUGCUACAAAAAAACGUAUUCAUCCUUAUUCUAGUAGUCUCGAGGGUCGUGCAGACAGCAGACCACAUUCAGAACGAAGAAACCAAAAUGUCGAACGCAUACUUGAACGCAUACAUGCUGGUAACUGGUGGCAGCCGAGGAAUAGGGGCGGCUCUGUGUCAUCACUUCUCUGCCCUGGGAAUGACUGUCAUUGCCACUGGCAGAAGCAAGCGGUCCUUGUUGGACAUGCGCAGCAAAGCGAGAAAGCCUGAGAACAUAGUUGUGUGUGCGGAGAACUGUGCGACGGACGAGGGACGACAUCAGAUAGCUGAGUUUAUGCACGAGCAGUGCGCUGGGAAACUACAGUACCUGAUUCACAAUGCGGGGGUUCUUGGGACGGUGGACAGUGCAGAGAAGAUCAAGUUAAAUGAGUUCAGAGAGUCUAUGGCUGUGAAUGCGGAGGCGCCUUUCUUUUUGACCCAGGCGUUGCUGAAGGAGAUGGUCCCUGGUGCAAGGGUGUUGCAUGUGUCAACCGGAGCCGCUCACGGGGGCUUCCACGGGUGGUCACUCUACUGCAUUACAAAGGCCGCCAUGCUUAUGGUAUACAAGUAGGUGCACCUGCACCUCUACACGGGUGGUCACUUUUGCACCCUGCAGUACUGUACUUGGCUGAAGGUGCACUUGCACCUCUAAACGGGUGGCCACUUUUGCACACUGCAGUACUGUACUUGACUGAAGGUGCGCAUGCACCUCUACACGGGUGGUCACUUUUGCACCCUGCAGUACUGUACUUGGCUGAAGGUGCACCUGCACCUCUAAACGGGUGGUCACUUUUGCACCCUGCAGUACUGUACUUGGC